CUAAAUAAAAAGCCCAUUAAGAAUACACUGCAGUAACUUGCCCACAAGGCAGGCAGUUCUCUCAAACAUUUUCACAAACAUAUGGAGGGCGUUAAAUCUUCCUAGCUCAAAUGGGCACGUCGUGUCCCCAUCUAUCAAAUUUACGUGCCCAUAGCUGCAUCAUCUCGCCAAUUCCAAUAAAAUCUCCACCAAUUACACGUGCUCUAAUUUAAAUUUCAAAUCCAACAACGAUUCUUCCUGGGUAAAUUCCUUCCCUUUCUUUCUAAUCCCAUUAUCUCAUCACUCCGCCAUUACAUUCCUCAGUUUCAAAGCUUUUGACUCUUUUAAGUCAAAUUAGAAGAAACCCAACUCGAUUGUAUUAUUGAACCGAGUUCGUUUUAUCAUGUCCGGAGCGGGUCACGCCGUGGACCGCCGUGUAGGGUUCCCGGAGAUGGACACAAAACCAAACCCAAACCUCUCCGGUUGCAACCCAGUUAAAAAACCGGGUCCGAUAACGAUGGAUCAUGUGCUAUUAGCAUUGCGAGAGACGAAAGACGAGAGGGAUUUGAGAUUAAGGAGUCUGUUUAGUUUUUUUGAUGCCGAAAAUGUCGGGUACUUGGAUUAUACCCAGAUCGAGGCGGGUUUAUCGGCGAUGCAGAUACCGAAUGAGUAUAAGUAUGCUAAGGAUUUGUUGAGAGUUUGUGAUGCUAAUAGAGAUGGCCGGGUUGAUUAUGUGGAGUUUAGGAGGUAUAUGGAUGAUAAAGAAUUGGAGCUGUAUAGGAUUUUUCAAGCUAUUGAUGUUGAACAUAAUGGUUGCAUUUUGCCUGAGGAGUUGUGGGAUGCUCUUGUUAAGGCUGGCAUUGAAAUAGAUGACGAGGAGCUUGCACGAUUUGUAGAGCAUGUUGAUAAGGAUAAUAAUGGAACUAUAACUUUUGAAGAAUGGAGGGAUUUUCUUUUACUCUACCCACAUGAAGCUACAAUAGAGAACAUAUAUCAUCAUUGGGAAAGGGUAUGCCUUGUAGAUAUUGGAGAACAAGCUGUUAUCCCAGAAGGCAUCAGUAAGAAAGUUCAUAGGAGUAAAUAUUUUAUCGCUGGGGGAAUAGCAGGAGCUGCUUCUCGUACUGCAACUGCUCCUCUUGAUCGCUUGAAGGUGAUUUUGCAAGUCCAGACAGAAGAUGCUCGCCUCAUUCCUGCUAUAAAGAAGAUAUGGAAAAAAGAUGGUGGUUUGCUGGGUUUCUUUCGAGGUAAUGGGUUAAAUGUUGUAAAGGUAGCACCUGAAAGUGCUAUAAAGUUUUAUGCUUAUGAAUUGUUAAAGAAUGUCAUUGGAGAUAUCAAGGGGGGGAACAAAGAUCAUAUAGGUCCUGGUGAGAGACUCUUAGCUGGUGGUAUGGCUGGUGCAGUGGCACAAACUGCCAUUUAUCCUUUAGAUCUUGUGAAAACUCGAUUGCAAACCUUCCCUUGUGAAGGUGGAAAGGCUCCUAAAGUGGGAGCUCUAGCAAGGGAUAUAUUGGUUCAGGAAGGACCUCGAGCCUUUUAUAAAGGUCUCGUGCCAUCUCUUCUUGGGAUUAUCCCUUAUGCUGGUAUCGACCUUGCUGCCUAUGAGACACUGAAAGAAAUGUCAAAGACGUAUGUUCUGUAUGAUAAUGAACCCGGUCCUCUUGUGCAAUUGAGUUGUGGAAUGUUUUCAGGAGCCCUUGGAGCAACAUGUGUUUACCCUUUGCAGGUUAUCAGAACCAGAAUGCAAGCUCAACAUUCUAGUUCUGCUGCUGCUUAUAAGGGGAUGUCUGAUGUGUUCCGGAGAACACUGCAGACUGAAGGUUAUAGAGGAUUCUACAAAGGACUAUUUCCAAACCUUCUCAAGGUUGUGCCAGCUGCAAGUAUAACAUAUUUGGUUUAUGAAGCCAUGAAAAAGAGUCUCGAUCUAUGAUUGGAGAGCAUUGUAUUUAUUCCCUAUGGCUGCUGAACUGAUCAGAAAAUGAACUUAGCAAUGAUAUUGACGACAACAAAAAUAAUAGGAUUACUAGUAGGUAAUACAAUUUGUCUGAGUUAUACAAUAGACAUUAAUCCCCAUUUAAAUAUCAGGGGAAACGUAGUAUUUUCAGUUGAAGAGAUUUUGCGGGAGGCUUAUUUGGAGUUAGUUCUGAGAAACAAGAAAUAUUUGACAUCAUUAUAAUCUGACUGUAAGGUGAUGGAUCUUUUUCUUUUCAUACUCUAUCACCACUUUGUUUCAUAACUUUGGUAACAGUAUAUCUUAGAUGAUGUAAAGAGAACUUAUAGAUCUGGUUUAUGUUGACAAUUAUUUUUCAAGUA